AUGACUGAACUCAUUUAAAUUACAGACUUAGAACAAUUAUUAAGCUCUGAAAUAUCAUCUCGCACCACUCUUCUAAUAAAUCUUCAUAAUAAAUAGAUAGGAGAAAAGGGUUCUUCAGACUUGGGCAUUGCUUUGGCAAAAUCUAAUAAUCUUCUUAAUUUAGUACUCCAACUGGCAAAUUCAAUUGGCGCUAAUGGUGGAUCAAGCUUAGGCUCUGCUUUAGCAAAAUGUGUUAAUCUUGAAACUUUGACAUUAGAUUUGAGAAAAAAUCAAUUAGGUCCAAAAACUGUCUUAGACUUAGGCUCUGCUUUAGCAAAGUGCUCUAAUCUUACAAUUUUGUCACUUGAUCUCUCAGAAAACAAAAUAGUUGACAAGGGCUCAUCUGACUUGGUUUCUGCUUUAACAAAGUGCUCAAAUCUCUCAACUUUAGAACUCUAUCUUGAGAGCAAUAAAAUUGGAGAUAAGGGAAGUUCAGACAUAGGCUAAAAUAUAUCGAAAUGCCAAAAGCUCUAAAAUUUGAAGCUUGCUCUUUCAGAUAACAAAAUUGGAGCUUCUGGAGCUUUAAAUUUAGGUUCUGGUCUAGGAAAGUGCAAGAACCUGCAAAUAUUGACAAUUGAAGUCAAAGGGAACAAAUUCGGCGGAUAGGGAGCAUCAGAUUUUGGAACUGGUUUAGCAAAUUGCUCUAAUCUGAAAACAUUAACCCUCAAUCUGAGAAAAAAUAAUAUUGAUGAAGAUGGUUUAUCAAACUUAGCUUCCAGUAUAGGAAUGUGUACUAAUCUCACAAUAUUAACUCUCGAUCUUUCUGAGAAUACUAUUGGAGAAAUUAAAAAAUGCAAUAUAGGUUCUUCUUUAGCAAAUUCUACUUAGCUCACAACAAUAAAACUAGACUUAAGUAACAAUUAAAUUGGUGACAGUGGUGCCUCAAACUUAAGUUAAGGGUUAGGAAGGCUUACUAAUUUACUAAAUUUAUAACUAGAACUUAAAUCUAAUAAAAUUGGUGGCCAAGGAUAAUUAGAUUUAUGUUCUAAUUUGUUACAAAUUCCUAAUCUCUUAAAUCUGACCUUAAACCUUGGAGGAAAUGAAAUUAAUGAUAAAAAUAUAUCAGAUAUAGUUUAAACUUUAGCAAAAUAAACUAAUCUCUCAAAUUUGUCUAUUGAUUUAGCGCACAAUUAAAUUGAAGAAUAGAGUGAAUUAGACUUAGAUUUUAAUAUAUCAAAGUGCAAUAAUCUCUCCAAUUUAACAAUUUAUCUUCACCAUAGUUUUAUUGGUGGAAGAAAUGCAGAAAAAAUAGUUAAUAGUUUGGCAAAAUGCUCUAGUCUCUCUUUUUUAACUCUCCACCUUUAUGGCAAUGAUAUUAUCACACCAAAUAAUUUAAGGACAAAAAUGCUUAAAAUGAGAAAAUUAGUCGAAUUGGUUUUUUAUUUAUGGUGA